GAAGAUGCCCAGGGUAUUGGGGUCAGCGUGGCAUUAGCCCAGCUCAAGCCGGGCGCCGCUGACUCAGCAUCCUGGCCCGGCCAACCCCAGCCGCGACAGUCCGGCACUCCCUCGAGCAGAGAUGGGAGAUGGCACCGGUGCUGCCCUUGGUGCUGCCCCUCCAGCUCCGCAUCCGCCUGGCGCAGGGGAUCUGGCUCCUCUCCUGGCUGCUGGCACUGGCCGGUGGCCUCACCAUCCUCUGUAGCGGGCACCUUCUGGGCCAGCUGUGGCCCCUUGGAACCUUCCUGGCUCCUUCCUGCCCCUUCCCUGCCCUGGCCCGGGUUGCCCUGCCAGCGGGGGCAGUGGCCCUGGGCACAGGACUGGUGGGUGCAGGAGCCAGCCGGGCGAGCCUGGAUGCAGCUCGGUACCCUCCCUGGCGAGGGGUCCUAGGCCCACUGCUGGUGGCCGGCACUGCUGGGGGCGGGGGCCUCUUGCUCCUUGCCCUGGGGCUAGCCCUGGGUUUGCCUGGGAGUCUGAGCACAGGACUGGAGGAAGGCCUGGGGACUGCCUUGGCUCACUACAAGGACACAGAGGUGCCCGGGCAUUGCCAUACCAAGCGGCUGAUAGAUGAGCUGCAGCUGAGACACCACUGCUGCGGGCGCCAUGGCUACAAGGAUUGGUUUGGGGUCCAGUGGGUCAGCAGCCGCUACCUAGACCCCAAUGACCAGGAUGUGACGGACCGUAUCCAGAGCAACGUGGAAGGUCUAUACCUGACUGACGGCGUCCCCUUCUCCUGCUGCAACCCCCACUCACCCCGGCCUUGCCUGCAAAGCCAGCUCUUAGACCCCCACGCCCACCUCAUCUUCGAUCCCCGGCAGCCCAACUUAAACCUCUGGGCCCAAGGGUGCCACGGGGUGCUGCUAGGGUACCUGCAGGGGUUGGCGAGCACUUUAGGCAGCAUACUGGCUGUCACCUUCCUGCUACAGGUUCUGGUGCUCCUGGGCCUGCGGUACCUACAGACGGCGCUAGAGGGGCUCGGCGGGGUCAUCGACGGGGAAGGAGACACCCAGGGAUAUCUCCUUCCUGGGGGGCUGAAAGACAUGCUGAAAACAGCCUGGCUGCACGGAGGGGUUGCCCACAAGCCAGCCCCUGAGGAGGCUGCCCCGGAAAAGGCACCUCCUGAGGAGGUUCUGCCUGAGGCCUAA